GACGCAGUGUGACGUCAUUAGGAAGCGUUUUGUGUUGUGGGCUAAAAUAUCGAAAUGACAGUCGUCAUGCUGUUAUGAUAUUUCACCAGUAUUAAAAACCGUUCCGUUUUGAAAGCAGUUUAGCGACAGUAGAUCCAGUCAAAUACAGUUUGGACAUCAUUCAACUGUUCCAUUUCCCAGACUGUGAUGUCCUCAGGCUGUUCCCCUCAGUCCCCUGCUGUGGCAAAAAGUGAGGUAGCAAUAGAAGGAGAAUGCCUGCUGCUGGCUGCCACUUUCGCCUACUGGGACAACAUCUUAGGUCCACGAGUGCGCCACAUCUGGGUACCAAAGGGAGAACAACCAAUGUUCCUCACUGAUGGGGACAUCACCUUUUUGGCCAACCAUACCCUUAACGGAGAGAUUCUUCGUAGUGCCGAGUCUGGCGCUGUGGACGUCAAGUUCUUUGUCCUGGCAGAGAAAGGUGUCAUCAUUGUGUCUCUUAUCUUUGAUGGUGAGCUGAAAGGGGACAAAAACACGUGUGCCUUGUCCAUUAUCCUGCCACAGACGGAGUUGUCCUUCUACCUCCCUCUGCACACCAUCUGUGUGGAAAGGCUCAAGCAUGUUAUCCGCAAAGGACGCAUCUGGAUGCAGAAGGGCUACAACAUCAUCUCCGUGCUGAGCUUGGAGAUCAUCCCGAUUAUGGAGCUGAUGGCUUCUAUGAAGUCGCACAGCGUCCCGGAGGAUAUCGACAUAAAAGACACAGUGCUAAAUGAUGAUGACAUCGGGGACAGCUGCCACGAGGAUUUCCUACACAAAGCCAUCAGCUCUCAUCUCCAGACGUGCGGUUGUUCAGUCGUGGUCGGGAGCAACCCAGAGAAAGUAAAUAAGAUUGUCCGGACGCUCUGCCUCUUCCUCACUCCAGUCGAGAGGAAAUGCUCUCGUCUCUGCAAAGCUGACUCUUCCUUUAAAUAUGACACUGGCCUGUUUGUUCAGGGUCUGCUGAAGGACUCCACCGGCAGUUUUGUGUUGCCCUUUCGCCAGGUGCUCUACUCGCCUUACCCGACCACACAUAUCGAUGUCGACAUCAACACAGUCCAGCAGAUGCCGCCGUGCCACGAGCACACAUAUAACCAGCGGCGGUACAUGCGAGCUGAGCUGAGUGCCCUGUGGCAGAUGGACAGCGAGGAGGACAUAACUCCUGAAACAAUCAUUCACAUGGACGAAACCUUCACGCCUGAUCUGAAUGUAUUUCAGGAGGUAACGUAUAAAGACACUUUGGUGAAGUCCUUUAUCGAUGAGGUGUUCAUGCUGAAGCCAGGCCUGUCCCUGCGGAGCACAUAUCUGGCGCAGUUCCUGCUGCUGCUCCACAGGAAAGCCCUCACGCUGCUCAAGUACAUCGAGGAUGAAACGCAAAAAGGGAACAAGCCGUUUCGAUCCCUGCACAGCUUAAAGUCGGAUCUGAAUCUGAUGGCGGAAGGAGACCUGAACAUCGUGAUGGCCUUGGCUGAAAAGCUGCGUGCCGGUCUGCACUCCUUUGUGUUCGGGAAGCUGUUCUACACCAGCAUGCAGGAGCGUGAUGCGCUCACAAGCUUCUGAGUGUUGAUUGUGUGUGUAUGCACGUGCUCAUUCCAACUGAGUAUUUGUGCAUGUGUUUUCAUAUGAGAAAUGCAGGGAAAAAAAUACUUAUUUGCAUUGUAGGUAUGAGCCAAAACUGUGAUCCUUGAAUAUGCUGCCUUCACCUGAUGUGAAUGUAAUGUGGGUUUAAUGAGUUCAGAAGGAUCAGCUAAUCGUGUUUGCCUUCUCUUUGGGUCACAGGUGUCCAAGAAAGUAUUUGCAAUUUAAAAAUGUAUUCCUUGCACCAUGAUUUAUUAAUUUUUCACAUUGUCUGUCAUUGUGAACUUGUGCGUUGCCUGUUUAAAAAAAAAAAAAUGUUAAAUGUCCCACAUCUUUUGGUACAGACUGACUGCUAAGUUGUGAAUAUUCAUGAGGAUAUUUAUAUUGUGAAUAAAAU